UGGGGUGCGACCAUCGUAUGUGUUCAGGUAAGGGAUUCCCUUCUGACAAAACUGGAUGGUUCUCACUUUGCACAGCUUGAACUACACAAUAGUUAAACAAGGAAACAUGUUAUAGGUUAACUGUAAUCAAGUAAAUGAACAUACAAGAGAUCCAAACAUCUGCUUCCUCGUCCCUGAUGGAGUGAAGACGGAAGCGUCCCUUGGUGUCAUAGAGAAGACGGAAGUUCUCAUUUGUCUUUGGGAUAGACACAACAUCCCUGAAACCAGCAGGGUAUGUAUUGGGCCGAAAAUUAGAUUUCUUUUACUUGGGAAAGAAACCUGGGUCCAUCUAAAUUAUUGAAAUGGAUUGUGUUCAUAUCUCAAUAUAUUCUCAUUUGUAAGGUACUAAAAUUUAACAUAAUAAAUAGUAAAAAAUAAAAGAAAAAUGUUUAUUGACUACGCGAAGUAUCAACCAUCACAUGGCUAACCAUAUAAACUAAAAUAAUGUAUACAUUUACACGAAAUAUAUAUUAUACAUGAUUACAUCCCUCAACUUAAUGUGUUAUGUAGUUAAUAUCACGAGUUUAAUUUUAUUUAUCCAAAACUUGAUGUGGAUAUCAUAUGGUGCUGGGUUUGCGGGUUAUCCCGCCCUGACCUGUCCCGUCCGCCGUGGAUCGAAUCAUUUUUUUGAUUCAAAAACUCAACCCGCAUAAGCCACAUACAAAUUUUUUUCUACCCGCACCCGCCCCGGCAAAGCCCGUGGGUAAUCCGUCAAACCCGUGGGUAAUAUAAUUAUAUUAAAAAUAAUUGUUAUAUAGUUAAAAAUAAUUAUUUUUAAAAAAUAUAUAUUAAAAUAAUAUAUUCAUAAUUCAAAUUAUAUAAAUAUUUAUUAUAUUUUAUAUAGUUUUCCAAAAAAAAAAAAAAUUUUAUUUAUUUUUAAAAUAAAUUUGCGUGUUAACGGAUACCUGCGAUUCAAUUUCGGCUGACAUGUAUCUGCCCCGAUUAAAAUAAUCUCGAUUCGCACCCGCGAUUAAAAAUUUUAAAAUUGUUCGAACCGCAUCCGCCUCGCGGCGGGUCAAACGAGAUGGGGCCCACGGGCAAUUAUUAAUAUUCCCAGCACUAAUGUCAGAUGUCGUUUAAAUCUCCCGCUUUUAUCAUUUAAAAUUUGAUGUACCUGACGAUAAAUUUAACUAAAUAUGAAAGUUAUAAAAGAUAUUAUAUAAUUUUGGUUUUUUAAUUAUUUUAAUAUGUUUUGUUAUUAACUCUUAAUAAAAAAUUUGUAAUAGUUUGAUUAAUUGUGUGAUAUAUACUUAUUUGUUCAAUUUUUUAUUAUAAAACUUACUUCAUCUCUUUUUUUUUGUCACCAAACAAACAGACUCAUCAUUGACUCUGUGAACCAAACUGGUAGCUCUGCAUCCAUGUGAACGAUGAAAGAUGAUUUUUUUAUGGCACUCCGUGCUAGACUAUCCGCCUUUUGAUUCUCCGUCCGGGGUACAUGAAUGAUCUAUGAGCUGAGGAAACAUGUCUUCCACAUCUUUAUAUCUUCCAGAUAACUCUCAAACAUCGACCAUUCUUCUGGUUCCAAAAUCAUUUUCACCAAUUGAGAACAAUCCGUAGCAAAUGUGACCUGAUAUUGAUAUAGACAUCGGCCAUAUUAACGCUUCCGUCUCCGAGUGGAGGGGUGAAAGACUUGCCCGAAUAUUCCUUGCACCAAAAAAAUCAUCAAAUCCCUCAAGAAUACUAUACCAACCAUGGCCUGAAUAAUGAUCUUUAUCUUUCCACAAACCAUCUAUAAAGCACCAGCGACCUACCCUCCUCGGACAGUGCCUAACCUCAACUUGUUGUGAUGCCUGCUGAAUAUUUUUCACCUGAGCCUCAGCGCAAAGUUUUGAUUCGAUCUUCGCAAGAUUAAAUGUAUCUCGUGGGUUCAUAUCCAAAUUACUAAAAACUUUGUUAUUCCGACUUUCCCAAAUGUACCAUAAUAUCCACGCAAAAUGAUGAUCUUUCAUCUCCAGGAUAACCCUCUAGAAAAGAUGAUCCAAAUUUGUGAAGAGAGAACUAGUAGGGAAAAGAUAUGGGUUUGACGGUGUCUUUGACAACGUCCAAACUUGACGCGCAGGAGGACAUUCAAAAAAUACAUAAUUUAUUGACUCAUCAUCAGCUCCACAUCGAGCACAACAUAUAUCUUCUUGUAUUCCUCUCGCUUGCAAAUUAUUCUUCACAGCUAUACACCUUGAUAUCAUUUGCCAUAGAAAAUACUUUAUUUUCGGAGAGCAUCUCACCUUCCAAUAAAACGUUUUUAAAAAAUAAAAUUUUAAACAAAAAUUAAUGAGUUAUUUUAUUUAUAUUUCAUAAACAAAAAUUACAUCUGUUUAAAAAUGUAUCAAAUAAGUAUAUAUCACACAAUUAAUAAAACGGAUUACAGAAAUUUUAUUAAAAUUUCAUAAGAAAACAGAUGAAAAUCAUUAAAAACAAAAUUACAUAAUAUCUUAUAUAAAUUUUAUAUUUAACAUAAAUAAAAUAAAUAUAAUUAUAUAUUUUUAAAUAAACUAAAAUAAAAUUUUUUAAAACACUACUUAUCAAAAGAUGUUAAAACAUGUUGAUUUUGUAAAUUAGAUUUUGUUAAAAAUAAUAUUACUCUUUUAAAACAUGGAUCAAAAUAUUAUUUUGUUAAAUUACGAUCGGGUCAAUUAUAUUUUAAUUGAUGAAACGAGAUAUUUUAACAUUCUCUAACAUUUACAUUAGUUUUUAGAUGAACGAAAUUAAACUUGUGAUGUGAACUACAUUAAAUCAUUAAAUUGAGGGAUGUUGUCAUCCAUAACAUAUAUUUCACGUAGUUGGAUAUACAUUAGUUUAGUUUGUAUGACUAGCUAUAUGAUAGUCAAUAAUUCAUGUAGUCAGCAAUCAUUUUUCCAAAAAUAAACUCUCAUCCCAUGUUCUCCCUCUAAUCUCAUUUUUAUUUUUCAUUUUCCAUAGAUUUGAUACAAGAUUUGGUUUCCAACAAAAUUUACAAUCCUUACAUAUUAUCUGAGUAAAAAUUCUUGUUACGCGCUUAUAAAAACAAAAGCAAAAAAUGAAGACAAAACCAAAAUAAAAGUAAAAUUAAAUUAUUUCUACUGUCUUGUUUAUGAUAAAAUAACGUUUUAUUUAUUAACAUGCAUAACAUUUUUUUUUUUGCUAACCGAGUAUUCUGGUCCCAUCGUGGUGGUCCAGACUAGAGAUCGAAGUGAGCAUGGACCCAAAUGUCACCAGGUGGCUCACCGUAAAUGGUCUUCGGUUUCGGAUGUUGCAGUUCAUAUGUAAAUUUCACAGUGCAUAACAUAUUUUAGUCAACUGAAUUAAAUUUAGGGUUACGGUUUUAGUGAUAACUUAUUUAUAUGAACAUAACAGUACCUUAUAUUACAAUAUUAAUAUUUAAAAGAAUUAUAAUUACUGGAAGUUUGCGUGAUACAUCCUAAUUAAGUUAUUUAAGUUACAAGGAAUUAUUGUGAGAAAGUAUAUGUUAUCCGCGCCUUGCCUUUAAUGUCAUAACUAUAUAAUUAAAAAACUGAUAAGAGUUGACCAAAAACAGAAGAGAAAAAACAAAUUUAAUAAGAUAAUUCAAAUGUGAGUUUGUACAUCAUAUUUCUGGUCAGAGAUAAAAGAAAAAGGUGAAUUAAUAUGGCAGUCAAUGAAUUGAUUAGUUGUUGACUCCGAUUGAUUAUAUAUAUACCGAUCCAUAUCGAUUGAGAAAUAGAAGUAGAACUUAACCAUGGAUACACGUCAAAUGAUCGUUAUAUUUUCUUCUUUGGUUCUCACGCAAAUGACCCUAGGAAACAUUGAUGAGUUUGAUUGUGUUGAUAUAUACAAACAACCCGCUUUUCAACAUCCAUUGUUGAAACACCACAAGAUUCCGGAAAAAUUCACUUCAAAUGAAAGUUUUGAUAGAAAAAGUAAAUAUAAAACAACUGAUCAAAGUUGUCCAAAAGGAACCGUGGCAAUCUUAAGACAAAGAAGUGAAACUGAGAGUCUUCAUCUCGACACAGACGAUCAUUUCGGCCACCAUUUUGCGGUAAUGGACACAUAUCCGGAUGCGAGCAUCUAUCGAGGAGCACAAGCUGAUAUAAGUAUCCAUAACCUAACUUUACAAAAUAAUCAAUUAAGUAGAAGUCAAAUUUGGUUAGAGAAUGGACCUCCUGGAGAACUCAACAGCAUACAAGUUGGCUGGGCGGUGCAUCCAAGAUUGUACGGAGACAGUGCCACACGAUUUACUAUUUAUUGGACUGCUGAUGGCUAUAAAACCACUGGAUGCUAUAAUACAAAUUGUCCUGGUUUUAUUAUUGUAACUCGAAAUCCCUCGAUUGGAAACAUUUUUAAACUAUCCUCCGUGUAUGGUGGUGAUAAAACAGUUAUUUUCACACCACACGUUUAUCAGGACGUCUUUACUCCAGGCUGGGCACUGAAAGUAGAUGACGAAAUGAUUGGAUAUUGGCCCGGAGAGCUAUUUACACACUUGAAAAAUGGAGCUUCUCGGGUGCGUUUUGGAGGAAACACAUAUAUAUCUCCAGAUGGGAUUAGUCCUCCAAUGGGAAAUGGUCAUUUUCCGCUUAAAGACUAUCAAAGGAGUUCGAGUUUUCUUCAUGUGAAGCUUACGAAUCAUAGGUAUCAGACAAUCGAAGCUAAAACAAUAUUAAGGAAUGCAGAUUCUAGGUGUUUUAGACUAAUGGACCGGCGUUACACCAAGGAGAACGGAAAGUCCUUUUCUUAUGGAGGAGCAGGUGGCAGAUGCGGUAUUUGAUGAUUUUAUAUAUCUACUGACCAAGACUAUCAAAUUUACAAAAGAAAUACGAACUAUUUUCAAUACUACAAAUCAUUUUAUUGUUACUAAAUCACAUUUAUGUUUCAUGUUUUAAAUGAGAGAGUAUCAAUACAAAACAAACACGAGAAUAUUUAAGUUUUCCCUUUGUCCAGAAACACUGCACUUAUACAUAUAUAUUAAUAUUAUCCCGUCAUCAAACCAGAAUCAAUCACAAAACCACAAAGUACAAAGUUUAUAUUUACAAUCUAUGUCAAUACUCCUUUGGUUUGUUCCCAGUUCCCUUCUUGAUUACAGAAGAACCAAGCUUUAGUCUCGUUCUUUCACACAAAGUUUUGACAUUUAAACAUCAUUAAAGCUGCUAAGACAUAGAACAGAGGAUAAGCUACUACAAACACAUGGCAAUGUUUCUCAAGGAAGAACUAAACAACUUGGUGAUAAAAAAAAUUAGAAUUCUUUUACUCGGAGAAAGAAAUCUGGGUCCAUCUAAAUUAAUGAAAUGAAUUAUGUUCAUAUAAAUGUAUAUUCUCAUUUGUAAAGUGACAAAACUAACACAAUAAAUAGUAAAAAAACUCUCAUCCUCAUGUUUUCUCUCUACUUUCCAUAGGUUUGAGUAAAAGUACUUAUUACGUCAAAACAAAAACAAAAGAAAAUGAAGACUAAACACAAAAAAAAAAACGUAGAUAGUAUGAUAGGAAUAAGAAUGAAAGUAACAAAAAAAGUAAAAUAAUAGAUAACUUGUUCCUUAUUAUUCCAUCCCGGAUUUGAUAGAAAUAGUUUUAUUCUGUGCUUCCUUGAACUAAAAGGAAUGAGAAGAAACAUUAAAGAAAAAUAUUAUUUAUAAAUAGUAUCAAAUCUAAUAAAUGAAUAAGACUUGACCAUUCCAUUCAUUCUUUUGAUCUGGACCUUAAACUAGUGUUAUCCAUUUACUGAUAAUUACGGAAACGGAUAAGAGGUGACCAAAAAAUAUUUCAACAAAUCUAGUAAGAAAAUCUAAAUAUGAGUUUGUAGUACAUCACACUUCUGGUAAGAGAUAAAAGGCGAAUUAAUAUGGGGAUCAAUGAAUUGAUUAGUUGUUCACUCCGAUUGAUUAUAUAUAACGAUCAAUAUCGAUGGAGAAACAGAAGUAAAAUUUAACAAUGGAUACACGCCAAAUGCUCGUUAUAUUUUCUUAUGUGGUUCUCACGCAUAUGACCCUAGGAAAUAUUGAUGUUAGAGUUUACGACUUCUACUUUGUUUUCCAUUUCUUAGUAUUUGAUCUUUAAUUUAAUUUUUUAUUUUUUUUGUAUUCAUCAAUUUUACAGGAGUUUGAUUGUGUUGUCAUAUACAAACAACCCGCUUUUCAACAUCCAUUAUUGAAACACCACAAGAUUCCGGUAUGAUAGUGACAUUGCUUUAAUUAAAUAUGAAAUAAAUUGGACAAAUUAGAAAUAUUUGACCUAUAUUUUUCUCUAAAUUAAUCUUGUAUCUUCUGUUAUGUUUCAGGAAAAAUUCACUUCAAAUGAAAGUUUUGAUAGAAAAAAUAAAUAUAAAACAAAUGAUCAAAGUUGUCCAAAAGGAACCUUGACAAUCUUAAGACAAAGAAGUGAAACUGAGAACCUUCAUCUAGACACAAUCUAUCAAUUUGGCCACCAUGUAUAUCCUUCUUUUCCUGUUUUAUAGUAUAUAUUCAUCCCUUUUUUUAAAAAUGAGUAUAUAUUCCGAUCUGGGACUAUGAAAGGAGUUCGAGUUUUCCUCAUGUGAAACUUACGAAUGAUAAGUAUCAGAGCAUCGAAGCUGAAACACUAAUGGGGGUUGCAGAUUCUAAGUGUUUUAAACUAAUGAGUCGGGAUUACACCAAUGAGACUGGAAAGUCCUUUUCUUUUGGAGGACCAGGUGGAAGAUGCGGUUUUUGAUUAUUUUAUAUAUGUUCUGACCAAGACUAUCAAAUUUACAAAAGAAAUAUGAACUGUUUUCGAUACUAUAAGUCACUUUUAUGUUUCUUGUUUUAAAUGAGAGUCAGUACAAAACAAACAUGAGAAUAUUGAAGUUACAGAUAUAAUUGCACUUAAAAGAAGAAGAAGCAUCACAAAUGAAACAUAAAUAACAAAAAAAAGAAAUGGACAAAACAAUCUUAUUUAGUUUUCCCUUUGUCUAGAAAAUAAUCUGCACUAACUGUAUAUUAAGUAUUAACGUUAUGCAGUCAUCAAAUCAGAAUCAAAAAAAAAAAAAACAAAGUAUAAAGUUUAAAUUUACAAUUUUAUGUUGCUGCUCCUUUGUAUUGUUCACAUUUCCUAUCAAAACUUCUUGAUUACAAAAGAACCAAGCUUAAGUUUCCCAUUGGAAUGUUCCGGUACAGAUAUGAAACGACACUGAAGCAUAAUAAUAUUUUUGGUGUCAAAGGAAAUGAUAUUUAGAAACUGAUUUUUUUAAAAAAAAUUGGUCAAGAAUGACAUUGGCUUUUGCAGAAUGUAAAACCAUAUAAAACUUAAACACGAAAAUGUAGAUUUAUGACUAUAUUCCUCUCUGGGAAAUUAAAUAAAAUAUAAAACUACACGAAAAAUAUAUAAACAAAACAACCAAACAUUAAAAAUCAAUAAAUUAACAAAAUGGUCAAAACUGAAAAUUUAAAAUCCAAAAAUAUAAAUUAGUCUUCUAUCAAUUUUAUGUAUUUAAAAGAACAAUUUUAAGCUAUAGUAUUCAAAAGUUAAAGCUAUAACUAUUUAAAAGUUGAGGCUACAAAAUAUUGAAAAUGUUCACACGAAAUUUAUAACCAUCAAUCAUAAUAUGCAAAAUCCCUAUUUUAAUUUAUUAAUUUUAUAAAUGUCAAGAAAUCCUGAAAUGAUUAGAAAUGGAAAUAAAUAUAAAAAACGUAAACUAACAAAAAAAUUUUUUUGCUAUCCAUACAAAAUAUUUGGAACUCCUACAUAAAAAUAACUAAAAUAUUUUUGUCUUUUAAAUCCAGUUUUCAAAGAAUUAAUUAAAAAUAUAUUAAAAAUAAAAAAUGAAGUUGAGGGUAUAUGACAUGAGAAAUUUCACACAUAACUUAAAAAUAAAAUUAUGCCAAAUCAGCAUUUGAUUUUAUUAAAUUUUCCAAAAAUAUUUAUUUCAAAAUAAAUAAAAAAGUACUAUCAAACAAGGUAAACUAAAAAAAAGAAAUUAAUAUAAAAUAAGAAAGAAUAACAAACUAGAAAUCUUUAAAAGAAAUUAAAUUGAUUUAUAUACUAAAUAUUUGGAAAAGGAACAUAAAAUAUGUCUUAAAAUGCAAGAUUUUAUAUAAUGCAAGACUUUGAAAGAAUAUCACUAUAUGGACUUAAAUUAUCUAACAAUCAACUUUACAUGUUUGCUAACUCAUUGCAAAUUAACAUUAAAAUAGUUUAACAAAACAUAAAUAGUAUGUCCAUAAAUUUUCUUAUAUGAUAGGUGAUACAAGAAUCACAUCUUUAAAAAAUCAAUAAAAAUAUUAAAUUAUCAAAAUUAAAAAUUAAAAUAUAUAAAAAAUAGAAAGUAAUUAAUGUCUUCAGAAAUGUAAAAUCUAAAGAAUCAUAUUUAUACAAUUAAAAUACAAAUAAAAAUAAGAAACUAAGCUAACAAAGGAAACAUAUAUCCUUCUAAAACUUUAACUUAACUCUUUGGAAAUUUAAUAUCAAACAUAAAUUCUUUGAAAAAAUGUAUCCUACAGUAUGUCUAAAUAUACAAAUUAUAUAUAUCAAAAUAAAAUAAUUAAUUAAUAUCGAAAUAGCUAACCUAAUAACAAAUUAAAAGAAAAUUGCAAGACUCACAAUAGUCACUACAAUUAUUUAGUGAUGACAUUCAACCAUCUUAAUGCUCCAACUAUGUUUCAGAGUUUGAUGGACUCGGUAUUUAAACUUUAUAUGCGUCACUUUGAUGCAUAACUCAUCACCAUAAACAUGUGAACCAUCUAAAAUGCGACUUUGAAAUGAUGAGACAGAAUGUUUGUAUGCUAAGAGAAGUAAGUAUCCUUUUGCUACGGAGAGUGUAGAGUAUUGAGGGCAUUAUGUUUAUUCUGAGGAGUAUCCACAUACUCAAUGAAAGUUAAAGCAAUUGCUUAAUGGCAUAUAUAAUUAUAUUAUUCUCAAGGACUACAUGGAUUUGAUAUCAUAUUUCUCUGAAAAUUCAACACAAAAAUGUUUAACUAACAAAAAAAAAAGGAACAUACAUUAUGUCUUAUAAAACUGUAAAAAGUUCCAAAGAUUUUGACAACCUAAAAGCCAUAAUUCUUGACAAACUUAUUUGUAAUAGUUAGGGAUAGAAAAUGUCCACUUAGGGAUAGUUACCUGGUUUUUAAAUAAAUAUGAAAAGUUGAAAGAUAUAUAAUAACUAAAAGAUUGAUGUUCAGUCGUAUAAAAUGUCAAAGCAUUCUUAUUAAAUUAUAAUUUUACGCAAAUAUAAUAUUUCUAAAACGUGUUGGAAAAUUUAGUAUUUUUAUAAAUUAGUUAUUAGUUAAGAAAAUAUCUCACAUUUCCAGUAACUUCUAUAAGAAAUCAUGUUUGAAAAUGCUAUCUCUUUUCAAACUCUAAAAUACUAUUUUAGCAUUGUUUUCACAAUUAUCAUACUGAGAGAUACAUUUAGAAAAGGAAGUAAAAUGAUGACUUCGUAAUUCAAAACAUAUUAUGAAAAUAUAAAUACAAUAUUUGAUGAAGUGUAAGCUCUGACAAACAUAAUUCAAUCACAAUUUUUUUUUUUGCUAAACUUUCCACCACAAUUUUCAAAAUUUGUGCUUUGCAUAAUGCCGAAUGCAAAAUCAGGUUAGGUUCUUAAAAUUUAUGUAUUUGAUUGUCAUUCAGUCAAACAAUAAAAUGAUAAAGACCAGUAGAAAAACAGAAAGCAUAGUUAAAGUUAGAAAAAGUAUAAUUCAAAAACAUAAUUUUUUAUUUAUUUAAAUAAUUAUUUAUUAUAUAUAUAUAUAUAACAAAGGUAUAUAGGUCUCUUGUUUUGGAACUCUCUUUCUUGUUUUGGAGCUCUCUUUAUAACUAUGGGAGGUUUUUUCUCUGUUCCCUUGUCAGGUGAUCAAGUAUCCAAAGAUGUUUCUCACGUUUCGUGCUUCAAACCGAACUACAUUAAUAGUCUCGAGGAGAAACUCGCAGCUAUGCAGAGAGACAUGGAAGAGCUCAAGGCAAGACAAACUGACGUGUUGAGAAGGGUCGAGAGCGAAGAGGAAACCAGAAGUACGCAACGGACUGCAGAAGUCAAGGUAUGGCUUAAAAACGUUGAUAACAUCAGUAGGCAAGUCAGUUAUCUGAUUAACAAUAGCGCUGCCGAACUUCAAAAGCUGUCUCGUAGUGGGUUAUGUUCCAAGAACUUAAGAUCCAACUGUGGUUACGGGGACAGGGUGGCUUUGAUGUCGAAGAAGCUCAACGAUCUCAAAUCUGAAAGUGUUACUAAAACGGCUGAAAAGGAGAACGUUACUCUGGACGCUAGCGCUAUAGAGGAGCUGCAACACUUGGAACGACCAGACAGCUUAAAGAGAGACAUCUCCUCAGGCUCCGCUUUGAAGAAACUGUUUAGCGCUCAUGGGUUGGCGUAUCGCAUCGAAGAGUUAUGUAUUAGAGAUCUUCAGAGAGACGAAGCACAUCUAGUUUUGCCGACAACGAUGGAGCAGCUCCGUAAGAUUGGUGUAGAAAGGUGUCCAGCACUGAGAAAGCUUCCACUUAGUUCUGGGAGUUGCGUUGGUGGUGAUGAACUUAUCAUCAGUUACAGUGAUGAUCUAUGGUUGGAGAGAGUUCAGUGGGAAGAUAAAGCCACUGAAGAACGUUUCUUGCUCUGCUGUGAAAAGGUAUUUAACUUUUCCAUAACUAACAAAGUUCCUUUAGUCUUUUUUUUUGGUAUCCUCAGACUAAAAGUUUGUGGUCUUCUUUGCUUGUGUUAGGUCAUCAUGCCCUACUAGCCAAGAGACCUGUGAAGCAAGGCGGUGCAAGUGUUCUUUAAUAUCCUUUUCUGCUUACUCUGUCGAUUGCUUAGACUUCUUAUCUCAAAAUGUAAGUGUUUGUAUUGUGGAGACUUGAUUGUAAUGUAUUUUGAUAAGAAAUUGUUAGACGAUAAUUAGGCGCUUUAGAACACUGAAUGAUACCUUAAAGGUCCAAUAUAAAAUAGGUCAUAGACUCACUGAGACCAAUAGAAAGUCGGUAAAACAAAGGCCUACAAGUCUAAGACUAAGGAACUCAGUAGCAAGAAGCAAAAAAAAAAAAAAA